AUGUACUGCUCGAGCAUCAAGGUCGCCGCUCUGGCGCUCCUCGCGGCCUCGGCCGCCGCAAAGGUGAUCGUUGUCAACGUCGGCCAAGGCGGCUUCACCUACUCGCCCAACAACAUCAAGGCAGUAGCCGGCGACCACGUCGAGUUCCACUUCUUCGGCGAGCACACGGCCGUCUCCGGCGACUUCAGCAAGCCCUGCAGUCCCGCCACGACUGGUUUCUACUCGGGCCAGAUGCAGAGCAAGGGAAUCUUCAGCGUCCCCAUCAACAACACGGACCCCAUCUUCUUCUACUGCGCCAUCGACGGCCACUGCCAGGGCGGCAUGGUCGGCGUCAUCAACGAGGGCAGCGACAAGCUUUCGGCCUACAAGUCCGCCGCCGCCAACACCGACAGCAGCAGCGCCCCGGCCAACGCCUACGGCGGCACCAACGGCCCCUCCCCCAGUGGCGGCGCGUCCUCGUCGGCGAGCGGUGCCUCCGCCAGCGGCACGGCCACCAAAGCGACGACUGGUUCGGCAACGGGCUCCGGCACCGGCACGGCUGCCUCCGCCUCGCCCACCACGACGAGCGGCAGCCAGCCCGGCGGCGCUGGCCAGCUGACCGGCGCCGUCGCGGGCGUCGGUGGCCUUGCGCUGGCUGUUGCUGCCUUGGUCGCGUUGUAG